AUAGUGCUCUAACAAUUUUUUUUUUAAUAGUUAUAAAAAUAUACUAAUAAAUAAACUAAAGAUGAGUCACGCUUUAGUGUUUUGGGUUAACAGCCAGCAAACUUCAAUUGUGCCUUCAAUCGCUGUUAGUGACAAGCAAAUGCUUACUGACAAUAAAAGAAUUGGCAAGAUCGAAUGGAUGGACGAAAAGAGGAAGAUGCCUCCAGAAGGAUGGUCUUCACACGAUGGGCGUGUGCUUUCAAUUAGUGAGGGAAGAUUAUGCAACAAAGUCAUUUGAUAAAAGAAUUUUAUCAGCUAUUUCAAACAAUAGCUAUAAUAAUGAAAAUAAAAUAGAUAAUGAAAGCCUCGAUAAAAUUACCUUGGCUGUCACAAUCACAAACUGUCACAGCUGUUUUAAAACCUGCAAAUACUUCAAGAUUAGCAAUGACAACUUCAAGUUGUUCGCAGUGCCAUCUAUUGGCUCCCACUGUACAAAAGUAUCGUGAUGAAAUUGCUGCUAUGACUAUGCAAGCAGAGGAACGUGCUCAUAUUAAAAAAGAAGAUGAACGAAUGAAACAAAUAUUAUGUAAAUUAAAUGAUGACUUACCAAAAAUGUUUGGAUUCAUGCAACAAAGCUUGACAUCAGCCCUGAGCCAAUCUAGUUCAGAGUGUUUAGACAAUUCGUCUCCUAUUAUUUUACCCGAAAUAGCAAGUUUUGCUGCACAUAAAACGACCCUGAGUAAAUCUGUGAACAAUUCAUCAGCAAAUCAGCAAAAGAAUCAACAACUUAUUGCAAAUUCACUAUCUACAUCAAGUGUUACGCGAAAUGCCAUUGGGGUUCAACAAGUUGAUGAGAUUGAUCUGGGGCUUGGUGUCACAGUAUCAAACACAAAGCUUUCCAUGAUUAAGUCGACAAGAGCAACUCAUCUUGCUAGGUUACUCAUGGAUUUGAUAUUCACCCAAGAGGAGAUGGAACAGAGUUCAGUAACAGGUCGUGUUUCUAACUCUUCAAAAGUAGCAAAGCAAGCAUUGAAUCCAUCAAAAGUUGCUGCCCUGUUGGCGUAUGUUCAUAAACAAUUUCCUGGAGUUGAUAACAGAAUGAUAAAGCAGUCAAUGGCUGAAAAGCUGCAAGAUGUAGGGAAAAUCAAAAGGCGUCAAAUGAAAGGCAAUAUUGUGGACGAAAAUGAGCCAGAGGAUACUUUUUUGCAAUAAACUUUUUCAUUAAUGUUUUUUAAAAGAUUUUUGAAUUUUA